UAAAACAUACUACUGAAUAAAUUUGAUUAAUUAAAAAAUAAAUACAAAGAAGACUUAAGAUCAGUAUAAUUUAUACAACUGGAUGUGUUUGCUCUUUGUAUUGAAUAACUGGCUGAGAAAAUGACUAACAUGUAAUUCACUGAGUGUCCGCUAGGGGGAAAUGUAGAGCUGCAGUUAGUAGGCCUUGUUUAACUACACUGUGAGAAAGUCAACACAACUCAACGCAAACAGCAGCUCGAGAUCGUGUCUGAUGAUUAUUCAUUAAUUUCCCUCUUUUCCAGCGUUCUGUGACAAGGAAACAGGCUGAUGAAGCAACAUUAACCGGUGGGAUCAUCUGUCAUGAACAAACAGCAGCACAUGAUUACAUCUGAAAAGCUCAUCUCUGUGAGGUGCUGGAUGAAGAAAACACCAAACCAUAAUCUAACAGUAAACCGUAAAUCUGAAUGAGGAGAUGCAGGCGAGGGCCAUUGCAGAACCCAGCGACGUGUCUAUCAGGAGGAAAACAUCUAUAACCCUACCUCCUAAUGGAGCUGUGACCUCUGACGCCAGGCUGAAUAUUCACAAACCAGACUCUCCAAACCCCAGCUGUGUGUCUAUGAAGAGUACUGCAUCUAUAGUUAUGCCUCCUAACAUCAGUGAUGGAGCUGUGACCUCUGACCCCAGGAGGCUGAAUAAUCACAAACCAGCCUCUCCAAAACCCAGCUGUGUGUCUAUGAAGAGUACUGCAUCUAUAGUUAUGCCUCCUAACAUCAGUGAUGGAGCUGUGACCUCUGACCUUGGAAAGAAAGAUAGUCUGAGCCAGAGUCAGUCAAGAUGGGGAGUUUCUGAGUCCAGACCCUCAGAAGAUAUUGACUGUCCUCCGUACAAAAAGAGAUGCAGACAGGGAUUCGGUUCUGCUCACUACUACACUAGAACAGACCAGCAGGAGAAGGCUAGAAACCUGGAGAAAUAUGUAUAUGAUGAAGUACAGAGAGUCAAAGACCAGCACAAAACCAUCAUGAAGAACAAAUAUGAGAGAUUAUUUGAGGGAGUAAAACUCCAAGAGACUGAAACCCACCUGAACCGGAUCUACACCCAGCUGUACAUCAUAGAGGGAGAGAGUGAAGGAGUGAAUGAAGAACAUGAGGUUUUACAGAUGGAGAAAACAGCCAGAACAAAACACUCACAACACACUCCAAUCUACUGCAAUGACAUCUUUAAAGAGGAGAAAGAGCAAAUCAAGACUGUUCUUACUAAAGGCAUCGCUGGAAUCGGAAAAACCGUCUCUGUGCAGAAGUUCAUUCUGGACUGGGCCGAGGGAAAAGCCAAUCAGGAUGUAGAUUUCAUGUUUGUGCUUCCAUUUCGAGAGCUGAACUUGAUCAGAGAUCAUCAGUACAGUCUUCACAGACUUCUGCUGGACUUUCAUCCUGAACUUGAAGAUCUGGAGCCCAAGAUUUAUGAGGAGUGUAAAGUUGUGUUCAUCUUUGAUGGUCUGGAUGAAAGCAGAAUCACACUGAUGUUUUCAGACGCUCAGAAAGUUUGUGAUGUGACUGAGACUUCAUCAGUGGCUGUGUUGAUGUCAAAGCUGAUGAAAGGAGAGCUGCUUCCCUCUGCUCUCAUCUGGAUCACCUCCAGACCAGCAGCAGCCAAUCAGAUCCCCUCCAAAUACAUCAAGCGUCUGACAGAAAUUCAGGGAUUCACUGAGCCUCAGAAGGAGGAAUAUUUCAGGAAGAGAAUCAGUGAGCAGCAUCAAGCCAGCAGAAUCAUCUCACACAUCAGAAGAGCAAGAAGCCUCCACAUCAUGUGCCACAUACCCGUCUUCUGCUGGAUCUCAUCCACUGUGCUUCAGAAGCUCCUGGAAGAAGAUCUGAGUGCAGAAAUCCCUCAAACUCUGACUGAAAUGUACAUCCACUUCCUGCUGAUUCAGAUCAACAUGAGGAAUCAGAAGUAUGAAGAGAGAGAUCCAGAGAAACUCCUGCAGUCCAACAGAGAAGUGAUUGUCAAACUUGCUGAAGUGGCUUUCAAACAGCUGAUGAAGGGCAAUGUGAUGUUCUAUGAGGAGGACUUGAUUGAGAGCGGCAUAGACGUCUCUGACGCCUCAGUGUAUUCUGGGAUUUGCUCUGAGAUCUUUAAGGAGGAAUCUGUGAUUCAUCAGAGGAAAGUCUACAGCUUCAUCCAUCUGAGCAUUCAGGAGUUUCUCGCUGCUUUCUAUGUGUUUUACUGCUAUUUAAACAGCAACACUGAGACCUUCAAGGUUUUUGAUGCAUUGUAUCAUUUGCUUGUAGUUGUAGUAGAUGAAUCCAUUAUGAGUGAGAAUGGGCGUCUGGAUUUGUUCCUGCGGUUCCUGUUGGGCGUCUCACUGGAGUCCAAUCAGAGACUCUUACAGGAUCUACUGACACACACAGAGAAGAGCUCAGAGAGCAUCAGGAGAAGCACACAGUACAUUAAAGAGAAGAUCAGAGAUGGACAUGGACUCUCCACUGAAAGAUCCAUCAAUCUGUUCCUCUGUCUGCUGGAAGUGAAAGAUCAGACUCUGUCCAGAGAGAUUCAGGAGUUUGUGAAAUCAGACAAACAGUCAGAGAAGAAACUCUCUCCUGCUCACUGCUCAACAAUCGCCUACAUGCUUCAGAUGUCAGAGGAGGUGCUGGAUGAGCUGGAGCUCCAGAAAUACAACACAUCAGAUGAGGGCAGAAGAAGACUGAUACCAGCCGUCAGCAACUGCACAAGAGCUCUUCUUGCUGGCUGUAAUCUCUCUGCUCAGGAUUGUGAAAUUGUGUCGUCAGUUCUUCAAUCCUCAAACUGUGUCCUGAGAGAGCUGGACCUGAGUAACAAUGACCUGCAGGAUUCAGGAGUGAAGCUGCUCUCUGAUGGACUGAAGAGUCCAAACUGUCAGCUGGAGAUACUGAGGUUGUCUGGCUGUAUGGUGACAGAGGAAGGCUGUGGUUUUGUGUCUUCAGCUCUGAGUUCAAACCCCUCACACCUGAGAGAGCUGGAUCUGAGCUACAAUCACCCAGGACAAUCAGGAGUCCAGCUGCUCAAACACAUACUGGAGGAUCCACACUAUAAACUGGAGGAACUCAAUUUGGACCAUGGAGGCCAUUUCAGAAUCACUUCAGGACUGAGAAAAUAUGCCCGUUUUCUCACACUGGAUCCAAACACAGCACACACUCGUCUGAUUCUCUCUGAGGAGAACAGGACGGUCUCUCAUGCGAAGGACCAUCAGUUGUAUCCUGAUCAUCCAGACAGAUUUAAGAAAUUUAAGCAGGUUCUGUGUAGAGAGACUCUGACUGGACGCUGUUACUGGGAGGCUGAAUGGAGCGGCUGGGCUAAUAUAGCAGUGGCCUAUAAAGGAAUCAGCAGGAAAGCUGUGGAUGAUUGCCAGUUUGGAUAUAGUGACAAAUCCUGGAGUAUUUUCUGUACUUCUGACAGCUUCAGUGCCUGGCACAAUAAUAAGAGCACUGAGAUAUCAGCUCCUAUAUCUAAUAGAGUAGGAGUGUAUGUGGAUGUGCCCUCCGGCUCUCUGUCCUUCUACAGCGUAUCUGACACACACACACUCACACACUUACACACAUUCAACACCACAUUCACUGAAGACCUCUGUGCUGGAUUCAGAGUUUAUAACGCCGCUGUGUCUUUGAGAAUAUCUGGAAGUAAAUGAAGCUGUCUCCAGGA